UUACUUUCAUACAAAUUCGAAAAUGAUUAGUUUGAUUCUGCAAUUAUUCUUGCAAAAACUCUGUUUUUACACUUCAACCUUACUCCCUUGUUUAUUUAUUGUACUUUUUAUGUACAAAAUUCUUUCUGCAAGAUCUAUCAAUGGAAAACUUCGACCUCCUUCACCACCAAGGUUACCAAUUAUAGGUAACCUCCACCAAAUAGGAGAGUUACCACACCAGUCAUUUGCAUCAUUCUCUAUGAAAUAUGGCAAGGUUAUGUUGCUUCAUUUCGGCAGCAAGCCUAUACUCGUGGUAUCAACACCAGAAGCUGCCUGCGAAAUCAUGAAAACUCAAGAUCAAAUCUUCUGCAAUAGGCCUCAGUUACGCAUUCCUACUAGAUUAUUCUACGGUUGUAGAGAUGUGGGUUUUGCUCCUUACGGCGAACAUUGGCGCAGGAUGAAGAGUCUCUGCAUUACACAUAUGUUGUGUAACAAAAAAGUCCGAUCUUAUAGAAAAAUGAGGGAAGAAGAAGUUGCUUUAAUCGUCGAUCAGAUAAAGCAAUCAUCGCAAUCUUCAUCAGUUGUGAAGUUGAGUGAGGUUAUUAGUAAACAAACAUAUGAUUUAAUAUGUAGGGCAAUAUUUAGAAGAAAGUAUAGUAGUAAUGAUAAUAAUGGAGGUUCCAAUUUUAAGAAAUUGUUGGAUGCAACGGUUGUGUUACUCGGAGUUUUUACCGUGGGGGACUACAUUCCUUGGCUUAGUUGGGUGGACAGAGUGACGGGGUUGGAUCGUCGAGUCGAAAGGGUUGCACAAGAGUUUGAUGAGUCGCUUGAUAAGCUAAUACAAGAACAUCAAAAUCGUCUAAGUAGUAAGAAAAUGAUAAAUGCUGAGUUUGAUGAACAACAAAGAAAGGAUGUUGCUAAAAAUUGUAUUGAGGGUUUGCUGGAGAUUCACAUGGAAGAUGAGAAUGCUGUCACAAUGGACGAUGUGAAAGCCAAUAUAUUGGAUUUGGUUGCUGCUGGUAACGACACAACUCGCACACUAUUAGAAUGGACAAUGUCUGAGUUACUUAGACAUCCCAAAGUCAUGAAAAUAUUACAAGAAGAGCUAAGAACAAUUGUUGGAGACAAAAGCAACAAUUUAAAGGUAAACGAAGAUGACUUGGAAAACUUACCAUAUCUAAAAGCAGUGAUAAAAGAAUCGCUUAGACUACACCCUCCAGUUCCGCUGUUGGUGUUUCGACAGCCAAUGCAAGAUGCCAAAAUCAACGGUUUCGACAUCGGUGCAGACACUCAUGUGUACAUAAACGCAUGGGCGAUACAUAGGGACCCAACUUAUUGGGACGAACCAAUGGAGUUUCGUCCCGAAAGGUUCUUAAACACUAGUACGUUCUCUUUUAAAAGACAAGAUGAUUUUAGGUACAUUCCUUUUGGAGGUGGUAGAAGAAUUUGUCCUGGGAUUGAUUUUGCUAUGGUUAAUGCUGAGGUUAUGCUUGCAAAUCUCGUCUACGAAUUCGAUUGGAAAGUGCCAGCAGAAUGUGGGGAGCUUGACAUGACUGAGACUGUGGGAAUCGCGGUUCACAAGCGCGAUCCCCUCAUGGUUAUUGCAACUCCUUAUUCAAGCUCAUAA